AUGACAAGUUUCAUCUCUUCAUACCUCUCUUUUGGAAAAUCGGAAACUAAGAACAUGGCGCUCCCAGAGACAAAUAGGCAGUGGACUACAGGCCAGGAUGGGCUUGAUAAGCUUCAGUUUGGAGAGGGCAAGGUGCCACAGCCUCAAGAGGGCGAGGUCCUUGUCAAGGUUAAUGCUGUCGGCUUGAAUUACCGUGAUACAGAAGUCAUUGCGGGUGAUUACAACCACCAUGCCUCAGUUCAAGACACACAGGCUCUAGUCCCCUGCUCCGAUAUGUGCGGUACAGUCAUUCAGAGCUCAUCACCCAAGAUCAAGACUGGCACCCGCGUCAUGUCCAUCUUCAACCAGACUCAUCUCACCGGCCAAGUCAAAGAAGCAGACAUGGCCUCCGGUCUCGGCCUGCCUCUCCCCGGCGUUUUGACAGAGUACCGCUGCUUCUCUGCCGACAGCCUCGUCCCCGUGCCGGAUUACCUCUCCGAUGAGGAAGCCGCGUGUCUCCCCAUCGCUGCCGUCACAGCGUGGAUGUGUAUCAACGGCAUGCGACCCCUCGGCCAGCCCGCGGACGGCAGCAAGAAGAAAGAGACGGUUCUCCUUCAGGGCACCGGUGGUGUCGCCAUCGCCGGUCUCCAGAUCGCAAAGGCAGCCGGUCUCGACGUCAUCAUCACUUCUUCAUCUGACGAAAAGCUGGAGCGCGCCAAGAAGGAUCUCGGCGCCGACACAGGUAUUAACUACCGUACGCACUGGGAGUGGCAAGAGCCCGUGAUGGAAGCCACACAGCACCGCGGCGCCGACAUCAUCUUCGAGACGGGCGGUGCACGCACGUUGCGCAAGUCCUUCGACUCGGUUGCCUUUGGCGGCCUGAUCAACUGCGUUGGGUACCUGUCCGGCAAAGAAGAGGAGCAGGACAUUGGCGGUAAGGUUGGCGUCAACGUACUCGCGCUGCGAAGAAACGUGACACUCAAAGGCAUCCUUAACGGUCCCAAGGACCGGUUUGAGGAGAUGGCCGCAUUCUACGAGAAGCACUCUAUUCACCCUGUUGUGAGCAAGGUGUUUGGGUUUGAGGAGGCGAACAAGGCGCUUGAGUUCUUAAGCAGUGGACAGCAUUUCGGAAAGGUUGUUGUGAGGGUUUCUAAGAAGGAUGAAUAG